AUGGGCUUCCAUCUCAACACAUUCCUUGUCUCGGCUUUGGCUGCUACAAGCUAUGCCUCUCCCUUAAUCCAAGCUCGAGCUUCCAACAACACAUCCUAUACCAACUCCAAUGGCCUGAAGUUCAACCACUUCAAUGCUUCGCUGCCUAAUGUCACCCUCCUAGCAACCGGCGGCACAAUCGCCGGCACAAGCGACGACAAAACCGCAACAGCAGGCUACGAAUCUGGCGCAUUAUCAAUCACCCAGCUGCUAAGCGGAAUCCCAGAAAUCAACAACAUCGCCAACGUCGCCGCCGUCCAAGCCACAAACGUCAACAGCGGCGAUGUCUCCUCGUCCCUCCUCCUAAACCUAACCCACACCCUCCAAACAACCGUCUGCGACGACCCGACCAUGUCCGGCGCAGUAAUCACACACGGCACAGACACACUCGAAGAAUCAGCCUUCUUCAUCGACGCAACAGUAAACUGUGGCAAGCCAAUUGUCUUCGUAGGCUCGAUGCGUCCUUCAACCGCCAUUUCCGCCGAUGGACCUAUGAACCUGCUGCAGGGUGUGACCGUGGCUGUGGAUGAAGAUGCCAAGGAGCGUGGUGCACUUGUCGUACUGAAUGACCGCAUUGUCUCUGCUUUCUUUGCUACGAAGACGAAUGCCAACACUGUUGAUACGUUCAAGGCGUAUGAGCAGGGAAGUCUUGGAACCAUUGUUUCCAACACGCCUUACUUCUAUUACCCUGCUGUGCAGCCGAAUGCGAAGCAUGCUGUUGAUGUUGCCGAUGUGGAUUCUAUUCCGCGAGUUGAUAUUCUCUACGCUUAUGAGGAUAUGCAUGUCGAUUCGUUGUACAGUGCAGUUAAGAAUGGUGCUCAAGGGAUCGUUAUUGCUGGUGAAGGUGCUGGUGGUAUUUCCAGUGACUUUGGUGAUGCUAUCAAUGAUGUUGUUGCUAAGCAUGAUAUUCCUGUUGUGUUGAGUCACCGGACUGUGAACGGGGAGGUCCCUACUGCUGAUAUCACUGGUGGGAACAAGAAGACCCAGAUUGCUAGUGGGUUGUUCAACCCCCAGCAGUCGCGUAUCUUGGUUGGAUUGUUGUUGGCUGAGGGUAAGAAGGUUAAGGAGAUUCGGGAGGUGUUUGAGAGGGCUACCGUUGCCUGA